GCAGAGGGGCUGCUGCAGCCAUUCAGACCUCAGGAGCUGGAAAUUUGCCAAGGAUGCAGAAGGAAAUGAAGAUGAUCAAAGAUGAGGAUGUGCAUUUCGACUUGGGUAUGAAGAGGACCCCCUCCUUUCCCCACUGCCCGCAGCCAGUGGCUUCCCGAGGGAAAGCUCCCCAAAGGCACCCCUUCCCAGAGGCUCUCAGGGGGCCUUUCUCCCAGUUUCGGUAUGAACCUCCUCCGGGAGACCUAGACGGAUUCCCUGGGGUCUUCGAAGGAGGUGGGUCUCGGAAACGGAAGAGCAUGCCCACAAAGAUGCCCUAUAGCCACGCUGCAGAAGAAGCCGCUCUUGCCCUCCACCCCGAGGAGAACAAAACCCACGGCCCUUCGAGCCUGCCUUUGCUGUUCCCGCAGCCCCCGCGCCCCAAGUAUGACUCUCAGAUGAUCGACCUGUGCAACGUGGGCUUCCAGUUCUACCGCACCCUGGAGCACUUGGGGGCCAAACCCGUCAAGCAGGAGCCCAUUAAGCCCAGCGCCGUGUGGCCCCAGCCGACACCCCCUCCAUUCCUGCCCACGCCCUACCCGUACUACCCCAAGGUGCACCCGGGCCUCGUGUUCCCCUUCUUCAUGCCCUCGGCCGCGCCCUUCCCCUUCGGCCGGCACACCUUCCUGCCCAAGCAGCCCCCCGAGCCUCUGCUGCCCUGGAAAGCCGAGCCCCAGGACAGUGAGGAGACCAAGCAGAAAGUGGAGAGGGUGGAUGUGAACGUGCAGAUCGACGACAGCUACUACGUGGACGUGGGCGGGGCGCAGAAGCGCUGGCAGUGCCCCACCUGCGACAAGUCCUACACCUCCAAGUACAACCUGGUGACGCACAUCCUGGGCCACAGCGGGAUCAAGCCGCACGCGUGCGCCCGCUGCGGCAAGCUCUUCAAGCAGCUCAGCCACCUGCACACGCACAUGCUGACCCACCAGGGCACGCGGCCCCACAAGUGCCAGGUGUGCCACAAGGCCUUCACCCAGACCAGCCACCUGAAGCGCCACAUGAUGCAGCACAGCGAGGUGAAGCCGCACAACUGCCGCGUGUGCGGCCGGGGCUUCGCCUACCCCAGCGAGCUCAAGGCGCACGAGGCCAAGCACGCCAGCGGCCGGGAGAACAUCUGCGUGGAGUGCGGCCUCGACUUCCCCACGCUGGCCCAGCUGAAGAGGCACCUCACCACGCACCGGGGCCCCAUCCAGUACAACUGCUCCGAGUGCGACAAGACCUUCCAGUACCCGAGCCAGCUGCAGAACCACAUGAUGAAGCACAGGGACAUCCGGCCCUACAUCUGCUCCGAGUGCGGCAUGGAGUUCGUGCAGCCGCACCACCUCAAGCAGCACUCGCUCACGCACAAGGGCGUGAAGGAGCACAAAUGUGGGAUUUGCGGGCGGGAGUUCACCCUGCUGGCCAACAUGAAGAGACAUGUGCUGAUCCACACAAACAUCCGCGCCUACCAGUGUCACCUCUGCUACAAGAGCUUCGUGCAGAAGCAGACCCUCAAGGCGCACAUGAUCGUCCACUCUGAUGUGAAGCCUUUCAAAUGCAAGCUGUGUGGGAAGGAAUUCAACCGAAUGCACAAUCUGAUGGGCCACAUGCACCUGCACUCAGACAGCAAGCCCUUCAAGUGCCUCUACUGCCCGAGCAAAUUCACCCUGAAGGGGAACCUGACGCGCCACAUGAAGGUCAAGCACGGGGUCAUGGAGCGGGGCCUUCACUCUCAAGGUUUGGGAAGGGGGCGAAUGGCGCUGGCGCAGAGCGGCGUCGUGCGGAGUCUGGAGCAGGAGGAGCCCUUCGACCUCUCCCAGAAGCGCCUGGCGACGGGGCCCGCGUUCCCGUCGGACGAGGAGAGCGCCAGGGGCAGCCCCUGCCACGAGGACGACGACCACGACGACGACAACGGCUGCGAGGUGCGGCCCGACAGCCCUGGCCCGGCCCCCCGGAGCCAGCAGCCCUGCGCGCCCCGGGACGUGUCUGCCACGCCCGAGCAGGCCCCGGAGGCGCGGGGGGCCACCUGCGAGCAGGAGGCGGAGGUGCCCGGGGGAGCCCGGCAGCAGCGGAGCCAGGGCCGGCGGGGGGCCGAGGGCGGCCCGGGGAGGGAGCGCGGCCGCAGGGACGAGCGCCUCAGCCUCAGGGCCCUUGCGAGCGCCCGGCGGGGGCCCUCUUUUUCUGAUUACUUAUACUUCAAGCACAGAGAGGACAGUUUGAAAGAAUUACUGGAGAGGAAAAUAGAAAAACAGGCAGUGCUUUUAGGUAUCUAA